AUGUCCAUCAAGGACGGCGAGGACCACGGCCACCACGGCCACCACGGGAAGAAUAAGAUGUUCCGGCGAGUCUUCAUCUUCGUCGCGGGCUUCAUCCUCCUCGUUGUCUUCGCCAUCCUGAUCAUCUGGCUGGUCCUCCGGCCGGCAAAGCCCAAGUUCUACCUGCAGGACGCCGCCGUCACCACCUUCAACAUCUCCGGCGGUGCCGCCGCCAUGCUCACGGUGACCCUCCAGAUCACCCUCUCCACCCGAAACCCCAAUGACCGCGUGGGCGUCUACUACGACAAGCUCGACGCCUUCGCCGCCUACAGGUCCCAGCAGAUCACCUUCCCCACCGCCAUCCCCCCGACAUACCAGGGCCACCACGACGUCGUCGUCUGGUCGCCCUUCCUCUACGGCAUGAACGUCCCCAUCGCGCCCUACGUGUCCACGUCACUGGGCCAGGACAAGAGCUCCGGUCUCCUCCUGCUGAACGUCAAGGUCAAUGGCCGUCUCCGGUGGAAGGUCGGCAGCUGGACUUCCGGUGGUUACCACAUCUUCGUUGUCUGUCCCGCCGUCCUCACGUUCAACGGCGGCCACUCGCCGACCAUCCGCUUCCAGCAGAUCUCCACCUGCAGCGUCGACGUCUGA